GCACUACCUCCUACCUCUACUCCCUUUGGAUUGACUUUUGUGUCUGCUAUUGAACCUUGAGCCUCCAUUGACAUCUCGACACUACGUCACAACUAUCAGUCGAAUUCCCAUUCCUCCAAUAUGAAAGGUAUACAACUCAAGGAAUAUGUCAAGGGCCCAGAGGACCUCAAAGUCCUUGAUCUACCCACGCCCGAACCAAAACCUGACGAGUACCUAAUCGCCAUUCACGCUUCGGGAACGAACUUCUUCGAUCUCCUCCAAAUCCGAGGAAAGUACCAACACCAACCACCAUUUCCAUGGGUAGCUGGCUCGGAAUUCUCGGGAGUCGUGCUGAAAGCGCCCACUUCUCUGCCGGGAGGCAAGACGCCCAAGUUCAAGGAAGGCGACAAGGUCUUUGGUGCUGGACAGGGUGCAUAUGCGACACAUAUUGUAUCCACAGAAGAGAAGCUAAAGGGUAUGCCUGAGGGCUGGAGUUUUGAGGAUGCAGCUGGCGUCUUUGUCACAGCACCUACAAGUUACGCUGGGUUGGUUGUCCGGGCCGGAAUCAAGAAGGGUGACUGGGUGCUCGUUCACGCCGCAGCUGGCGGUGUCGGCCUAGCCGCGGUUCAAAUCGCAAAAGCCUUCGGCGCAACUGUCGUCGCCACAGCUGGUAGCCCCCACAAACUCGACGUCGCACGAUCAUUUGGUGCCGAUUAUACCGUCUCAUAUCGCGACGCUGACUGGCCUGAGCAAGUCAAGAAGAUCACGCCCAAAGGCCGCGGCGUAGAUAUCGUCUACGACCCUGUUGGUCUCAUCGCGCAAUCCAUGAAGUGCACCGCCUGGAACGGACGCCUGCUUGUUAUUGGUUUUGCAGCCGGCGAUAUUGAGAAGAUGGCUACCAACCGCAUUCUUCUCAAGAAUGUGAGUGUUGUGGGAUUGCAUUGGGGCGCCUAUGCGAUCCACGAACCAGAAAUGCAGGAUGUAGUCUGGGAUGGUAUAUUCAAGCUGGUCAAGGAGGGCAAGUACCGAGGGACUGCAUUUACGGAUCAGGAAUAUGUAGGCUUGGAGAGUGUGCCUGCUGCAUUGAAGGCACUUGGUGGUAGGGAUAGUUGGGGCAAAGUUGUUGUUAAGGUCCCGCAGUCCGGCGGAAGCAAAAUUUGAGAUGCUUCCCACCUCCUAUGUUUAGCUAUUGUAUCAUGACCAGUAUAUUGUUCAAUCAAACCAUUU